AUGAAUCGAUUUAAUAUUCGAACAGUUAAUGGCUCUAGGCAUAAUGGUCUUCUUGAACAUCGUUAUAUUAAAAUACAAAAUCGUGCGGCUGCAGCUCUUGGUGCAUUAGAUGAAGAUGGUGAAUCUCUAGAACUUAUUGCUCAUCUCCAUCGGCUCUCAAUUGAGCAAAUAAAAAAAGACUUGUAUGGUGAACCAUCUGAUAUAAAAAAUGGAUUUGAUAUUCGAUCAAGUAAUAAAUUAGAGGAAACCCUUAAAACGUGCUUAAAAGAAAUAAAUAAAAGAGUAAAUAAUGCUUUGGUAGCUGUUGUAUAUCAUGUACCAUACACACUUUUAUGCUCUGUUGAAAAUAAUAAUAAUAACCCGUGUAAAAAAAUUUAG